AUGGGUUCCAUUGAAACACUUGCGGUUGAAAAGCCGCUGUCUCUAAAUACCAAGGGCGCUUCUCCCCUCAAUCCAACUCAAUCAGAUUCCGCUGGUCUGCCGGCUGCAGCUACGAACGGCGCUUCACGCAAUCAUGUCCAAAAGCCCACGUUUGAACUAGAAAACCAUCCCAUCGACCGUGUCCGCCCGAUCAAAGUCGGCAUCAUUGGCGCCGGCAUUGCAGGCAUCACUGCAGGCAUCCUCCUUCCCGCCAAAUUACCCGGUCUGGAUCUUCGGAUUUAUGACAAGAACCCAGAAGUGGGCGGAACAUGGUAUGAGAAUACCUACCCCGGCGUGCGAUGUGAUAUUCCCGCCCACGUCUACCAAUCCGGGUUUGCGCCGAAUACACAAUGGACGGAGGAGUUUGCUCAGGGAAAGGAGAUCCGCGAGUACUGGCAGGGACUUGUGAAGAAGUUCCAGGUAGAUCAGUAUUUGCGACUGGAGCAGAAAGUCGCGGGGACGGUUUGGAUCCCUGAGGAGGGCAAGUGGAGAGUCACCUUGCAGGAUCUGACAGACAAUAACAGACAAUACGACGAAGACCUGGAUAUCCUCAUCCCCGCUAUCGGCCACUUCAACGCCUGGAAACUCCCCGACUAUCCCGGCAUGGACACUUUCCAAGGUGCACUUUUCCACUCCUCCAACUGGGACCACGCCGUCAACCUAACCGACAAGCGCAUCGCCCUCAUCGGCAAUGGCGCGUCUGGUCUCCAAGUCCUACCCUCCAUCCAACCCAUCGCUACCCACGUCGACCACUACGCCCGCAACCGCACCUGGAUCGCCGAUUCCUUCGGCAACGCCGCUACGGGAGUACGCCGUCUCGAGCCCAACCUCAUCUCCCAGGACCAGCUCGAGGCCUUCCGCGACCCCGACACAUACCUCCGCUAUCGCAAGUCCAUCGAACAGGGCUACUUCUCGCGCUUCGGUGCCAUCUUUAAGGACUCCCCUGAGAAUGAAUCCCUGCGUGAAAAUUGGAGCCGUCUGAUGGUCCAACGUGUUGCCGACAAACCCUCGCUCGCCGACAAACUCAUCCCCGAUUUCUACCCCGCCUGCCGUCGAGCCACCCCAGGCCCAGGCUACCUCGAGGCUUUGACCAAGCCCAACGUCGACUACAUCACCGAUCCCAUCACCACCUUCACACCCACCGGCAUCGUCGCCGCGGACGGCACCCACCGCCCCGCCGACAUCGUGAUCUGCGCAACCGGCGCCAACGUCGAUCACGCGCCCCCGUUCAGCAUUAUCGCCAAUAAUAUCGACCUCAAAUCUGCCUGGACAUCAAACGGCCUGUUUGGCUACCCAUACAACUAUCUCGGCGUCGCUGUCCCGGGCUUCCCCAACCUUCUCUGGAUCGGCGGCCCCCAGUCCACUGGUCACGGUGGCAGCGUCCCCAACAGUUUGGAAAACCAAAUCACCUACAUCGCCAAGGUGGUGCGCAAGCUCCGCGGCCACGGCAUUAAGUCUAUGGCGCCGUCGCGGCAGGCGACAGAUGACUUUGUGCAGUAUGCGGACGCGUUCUACCCCAAAACCGUCUGGACCGCCAACGAUGAUUCCGCGCCCGGGAAACGGAACUGUCGUUCGUGGUAUAAUGGUGGAAAACCCGGAGGGCGCGUCCAUGGUCUGUUUCCUGGCAGUGCAGCGCAUUUGAAUGCUCUUCGCAGGGAUCCUCGCUGGGAGGACUGGGAGUAUGAGUAUGUCAACCCGAGUGGGAAUCGGUUUGCGUUUAUGGGGAAUGGUUGGACGGAGCGGGAGAUGCAGGGCGAGGAGGUCGAUCUCACGCCUCAUUUGAUGAAGCCGGGAGAUGUAGAUUUGCGGACCUAUCUGGAGGGGUGGUGGGAUGUUUAG